UUGAAGUCAUUGUUGUCGGAGCACUGUGAGCCGGUCUCUCCACACCCCCAGACAUACUUCAAGGAUGGGGUAUUUUUAUAUAAGCUCGUGCCAUACAGAGUUCUAGUUAUCAUCUUGACAAACAAUUCAAUUGUCUGAGUCGUUGGGGUUAUCGCAUCUAUCCGACCGCUGAGGCUAUCGAAUAUUCAUAAUGGAGGAAGAGUAUACGCGUAUCGCGGACAUCAUUCGCCACCGGGCCAAAACCCAUGAUAAGAAGCGAUAUCUCGUCGCCAUCGCCGGCGUGCCCGGCUCUGGCAAAACAACAACGGCAACUGCCAUUGCACAGCGUUUGAAUUCAGGGCAAAAUCCUAUCCAGACUGAGCUGGUCUCCAUGGAUGGCUUCCAUCUGUCGCGGGCGACACUGGACCAGCUCCCGAAUCGAGAGGAGGCAUAUAUCCGGCGUGGAGCGCCGUGGACCUUUGAUGCCGCCCGAUUCAUUACUUUCGUUCACCAAUUACGGCAGUGGACAGAUACGUUUUCCAACGAGACCAUAUAUGCACCCGCUUUCCAUCAUGAAACCAAGGAUCCAGUAGAGGAUAGCAUCAUGAUAUCCAGCGACGCUUCGAUCCUCAUCAUUGAAGGCAACUAUCUCCUUCUGGAUGAGCCUGAGUGGCGUGACGUCGCACGACUGGUUGACUACCGUGUGUUCGUCGACACGGACCUGCAAGAAGCACGGGAACGUGUGGCGAAACGUCACGUCAGCGCUGGGAUAGAAAAAACAAUAGAAGAUGGGUAUCUUCGGGUGGAUAGGAACGACUAUCUGAAUGCGCUUACAAUCCGGGACAAGCUGAUCGAGCCUGAUAUGGUGGUCCGUAGCAUCACUGAGGUAUCAUCAUAACUUGCUUCUAUCGACUUGCCUAUUUACACCAUAAACAACACCACAUGUGUACAUAACGACUUAUGUUUAGACUGAACCCUACUCACUCCUUAAUCUUCUGUUUAUGAAACACGUCUGAG